UGAUAAACCAGAAGGAGAAGGAGAAGGAGAAGGAGAAGAAGAAGAAGAAAGUGGUAGUGGUAGUGGUGGUGCUCAUGGCGAUGGUGGUUUCCCAGUAAAGCUAAGAGAGAAAGAAAUCGACAUAGACAAAGAAUCAGAAGAAGGAUCACACCAGUCCAACACGACACACACUCUCUGAUUUACUUAGUUUCAUUCAAAAUUUCAAAGAGACAACAAACAGUCCACUUUGUUCUGUAAGGACAAGGAGACAUGCAAAACUAAUCGUCGUUUCAUCAAACUACUCAAAAGGUACUAUUCUUGUGAUGAUAGCUUGUUAGGCGUUAUGCAUCAGAUGAAUAAGAAAGAUUCCACUUUGCCAUACCUGAACACUAGCAUCUCAUGGGGUGGUGUGGAUGCAAGGCCUGAACAUAUGCAAACCACUAAGCAAAUCAGUUUUCAGGAUCUGGAUUCACCUUCAUCUCAGUCCACUUGUCAAUCCUACACUGAAGUUGCAAGCAGUGGGGAUGAUAAUCCUUCCAUACAAAUCUCCUUUUCAACAAAGUCAGGAUCUAAAGAAACUCAGCAGAAGGGAUUUGCAACUCAUCCUAACUCAGGCUCAUUGACAGGAGCCCAUAGUAUUCACUUUGCUCCUAUGCAGGCUAAUUUCUCCUUUCAAUAUGCUGAUCCACAUACUGGUGGUUUAUUGGCUGCAACUUAUCUAGCACAUGCACCGACAUGCCAUCCCCAAAUGGUGGGUAUGGUUCCUCGUCGAGUUCCCCUACCAGUGGAGAUCACAGAAGCUGAGCCAGUCUUUGUCAAUGCUAAGCAAUACCAAGCAAUCAUGAGGAGAAGAGAGCAACGUGCCAAGCUUGAGUCUCAAAACAAACUAAUCAAGUCCCGGAAGCCGUAUCUUCAUGAAUCUCGACAUGUUCAUGCUCUCAAAAGGCCAAGAGGAUCCGGUGGAAGAUUCCUAAACAGCAAACAACUUCUUCAAGAAUCCGAACAGGCUGCUGCUAAAAAGCAAGAACAUGACAAGUCGGUCCAGCAAGAAAGCAAAAAGACAAACAUGUCUAGAUUCGAAGCUCAUCAUAUGCAGCAGCACAACAAAGACCGUGGCUCAACCACUUCUCGCUCAGACAUCACAUCUGUUUCAGACGGUGCUGAUAUCUUCAGACACACCGAGUUCCAGUUUUCAGGUUUUUCAACAACUCAGACUAACCGAGCCAUGCUUGUUCAUGGUCAGUCCAGUGACAUGCAUGGAGGUGGGGACUUGCACCAUUUCACUGUCCAUAUCUGAGACAUUGGAUCUUUUGGUGCUGUUUCAUGUUUCCCACCAAAAGGGGUAAGUCAUCCUUGGCUACUACUACUACUAGUUCUUUUGCUUGUUGUUACUUGUUAGUGUUUUUCAUGUAUGUGUUAUUAUACAUCACAAUAACAACCAAAAUCUUCACUUUGGAACCACUCUUUCAGUCUCGUACUAAGCUUGUGGUUAGAUUUACUUAUUAACUUCCAAUUCCUCUUGUGUGU